AUGGCGGAAAACAUGAAGAAACUCAGCGAUCACUUUGAAAGUGAGCAAAAGCUCCUGAUGAGUGAGAUCCUGGACGUGUACCUCAGCCUCCUGUCCAAGCUGAUGAACCGCACCGAGGACGAGGAUAUAAAGAGCAGCAUCGAUGAAGUCAGACUCAAAGUGCAGGAUCUGCGGAAUGAGCACUUCCAGCACCACGAGCAUGCCCUGAAGAGGCACCUACAGGACCUGUGGGCCGUCAAGACCAAUGACUUCAUAGUUCAGCGGAAGGCCCUGUAUGAGCUGAAGGAUGUGUAUGAGAAGGCGGCCAGGCUGGGGAACAGGAUCUGGGAGAAGAAGGACAGACGAAGGAGGCGGCGGCAGAUCCGCAGAAUGCAGGGAUGACGGGCUCAUGUUUACAACUGA